AUGGCCGAAGCCAACAAGACCUAUGGUUUUACAAUCGCUGUCAAGGAACUCCGCGAAACCGUCCCCAAUAUCUUCCGCUAUGCAUCGGCCUACAAGCGGAAGAAGAAUAUCAAAUCUCAAGGAUUGUGGGAAAUGUUCUUGGAACCCAUCGAGGAAAAACCAGAAGAGCCUUCAGACAACCUUCCCGAGGAGAUCCUCAUCACCGAGCCAGGCGAGAAGAAUGAAAUUGACCCCGAGACCAUGGAGGGUGAAAGCUACAAUAUGUGCCAUUUCUGGAGUAACUUUGAGAUUGCACGAUUGGAUUUCUUCCGGAGCAAGGAGUACGAGGAUUUCUUUGAGAUGAUGGACAGAAGCGGCGGUUUCUGGAUGGAGAGAUGGGGUGAUGCGCCCAUCCAUUCGCUCGCCGCUGGUAUCCUUUUGUCUCCGAGCGACAUCCAUUAUUUCCGCGAUUUCGGUUACCGCCAUACCACGAUCCAACAUUGCCCUGCCAAUGCUCCCGCCCGACAACUACCGCGCAUCCCGUACCUAGAAAUGACGACCGAGGAUGAGAAGGAGCGCAUUGAAGAGGAUGAAUAUUGGGCCACGCCAGACCCCGUCAAGGAGAAUGGUGUUGGCUGCAGAUGCAGAUGUGACACAGACAUUGUGGAUGUUGAAGGCAAACAAGGCAGCUGUCUUGCAGAGUGGGUGGAAGUUGCUGGCGGCUGGGCAUCUCCAUAG